CGGCGCAGCGAGUAGCGUACGACCAAGGGCGUGUCGGUUCGGAAUACACACACGCACAUACUUGUGCAUGUAUAGUAGCGUACGUAUACACAUACACGACGAAACGCGAGUACUCACCUACGUACCUAUACAGUACACAUAUGGCGUAUACUGACUCGUAAGCCUCCAAUUGACGUCGCUGGCCGCGGCAGUAGUAGUCGUUUUGUCGUGGGCCCCCGUAUGCGCCAAUCAUCCUGCACAUCGCGCGAGUCUGUACUGUGCGUUGUUGUUUUUUUUUUUUUUUGUUCGUUUUUUCGUUUGUUUUUCGUCGUGGUGCUCGCCAAAAAUAAACAAAACGUGCGCUCGCUGUUGUCUUGUGUUUCAAUUGUGUGUGUGCAUUAAAGUUUCUCGUGCCUCUGUGCGUUAGUGCGAAGGAGAACAAAAAAAUAAUCUACCGCGAAAAGUGCCUUAUACAUAUAAAAUAUAAAAUUUUUCCACGCGCGCUUCAAAGCGCGCAGCCGAGGACACACGGCGGCAGCUACGGCUGAGAUCAUCAAUUCGUCAUCCCCGUGUACAAGUGUGUGGUGUAUCCUUUGGCCGGUAAAAUGGGUUGCGCAUCGAGCUCGCACCUCGACAAGGCCGCGGCCGAGCGGUCCAAGAAGAUCGACAAGGAUCUCAGGGCCGAGGGCGAGCGCAUCGCCAACGAGGUGAAGCUGCUGCUCCUGGGCGCCGGCGAGUCCGGCAAGUCCACCAUCGUCAAGCAGAUGAAGAUCAUCCACGAGACCGGCUACAGCGUCGAGGAGUGCAACCAGUACAAGUCCGUGGUCUACAGCAACACCAUACAGAGCCUCAUCACCAUCAUACGCGCCAUGGAGUCGCUGCAGAUCAAGUUCGCCGAUCCGAACAAGUACGCCAUCGCCCGCGAGUACUUCGCCCUCGCGGGCUCGCGCGCCGAGGGCGAGAUGAGCCGCGAGAUGGCCGUGCUGAUGAAGUCCCUGUGGGAGGACCCGGACCUGCAGAAGUGCUUCGCGCGCAGCCGCGAGUACCAGCUCAACGACUCGGCUGCCUACUAUCUCAACUCGCUGUAUCGCAUCACCGAGCCCGAUUACGUGCCCACGCAGCAGGACGUGCUCAAGACGAGGAUCAAGACGACGGGUAUCGUCGAGACCCGCUUCUCGUUCAAGGGUCUGCAGUUCAAGAUGUUCGACGUGGGCGGUCAGCGCUCCGAGCGCAAAAAGUGGAUCCACUGCUUCGAGGACGUCACCGCGAUCAUAUUCUGCGUGGCGCUGAGCGAGUACGACCUGGUACUGGCUGAGGACGAGGAGAUGAACCGCAUGAUCGAGUCCAUGAAGCUCUUCGAGUCCAUAUGCAACAGUAAGUGGUUCGUCGACACCUCGAUCAUUCUUUUCCUCAACAAGAAAGAUAUAUUCGAGGAAAAAAUAACCAGGAGUCCGUUGAAAAUAUGCUUCCCCGAAUACAAUGGACCAAAUACUUUCGAAGCUUGUGCCUCUUAUAUACAAAUGAAAUUCGAAGAUUUGAACAAUCGUAAAGAACAAAAACAAAUAUAUUCUCAUUUCACCUGUGCCACGGAUACAAGUAAUAUACAAUUUGUAUUUGACGCUGUGACUGAUGUGAUAAUUCAGAAUAAUCUCAGUAGUUGUGGCUUAUUGAGUUGAGUCAUUUUCGCCGUAAUGUUUGCAGCACAAGUUUAAGUUUUUCUAGGUGAAAAUUGAUUUUAGUAGUUCAUUUUGUCUUGAUUUCAUUAUCUACUAAUGAAAAAAUCUAUUAAGAAAUUUGAAUGAACAUUUAUUUAACCAAAGCUUUAGUUAUAAAGCUGUGCAAAAAAUCAAAUACUUAUUCUUGGUAAUUUUUAAUUAUACAAAUGUUCAUGCCAAAAAAAUAUUUGAUUUUCAUUUUGACCUUACAAAUUUAAGUACCCAUAUGAUUUGUAGACAAACACUAAGACUCACUCUACUUUUUAUAAAUACAUUUAUUGGAUAAUCAAAAUAUUCAUACCAUGACUCGUAAAUAUAAUAUUUGAAAUUUAACCAGUCAGCUGUAAAAUUAAAUGAACAAAAAAGCUGACAUUACUUGAUUAAAGCGUGUGUGAUGCAUAUAUUUUUGUGAGUUUUUAAACAUUUUAUCGUGAAAAUAAUAUUCAAGCGUAUAGGUGAACAAUAAUCUUAUUAUCGAUUGCACAAAUUGUACUAUUAUACUUCUAGGGAAGACUUUUUCAGACUGUUAAUAAUAUAGACACAAGAAGUAUUUUUGUAAUGUAUUUACAAAUUUUAACGAGUACAAACUUAUCUAUUGUGGUGAAAAUUAUUGAUUUCCAAACUAAGUCAAAGCAUAAUAGUUCAAUUAUAGCCAAUACUUUUUAAGUAUUCUAAUUUUAAUAGAUAAAAAAAUUCAUGUACUCUACAUCAUACUUCUCAGGCAAUUUCACUUUUAUUUUUUUUUGUAUGCGACUUGCAUUUGUGAUUUUAAAAUAAUCCUCUGUACCAUUUGCAUAAUUUUAAUGUAUUAUUACGCAUAUAAAGUAUUGCUCAAAGACUAUUUUUAAGAUUUAAUGCGUCAUUACUAUUAACCAAAAGAAAUUAUUAUAAUACUUUUCUUUUAAGUUGAUAUUUUGUUAACCGAUCAUGAAAUCCUGUGAAGAAACAAUUAUUUAAACAAAUGUUUUGGGAUCAAUUUACUGUAGUGCUGCUCUGAGCAGCGAAAGAUGAUCUUUGAAAUGUGUAACAUGUAACUUGACAAAACGAGUCGAUGAAAUGAAUUUUUAAUUAAAAAGAUUCAACUGACUAAACGAAAUUACAUGUAAUAUAAAACAAUGAUGUAACUGAUGUCUUUGCCUUAUUAUUAUAAAUAAAACUAUUACUAUAAACAGCA